CACUUCCCAAGCAAGUGAUUGUAACAGAACCCCACCAAAGAAUUCUUGUCUUUUGAUCUCUUUCAAGCAUGCAUUGGUUCAAGUUUGCAUCUUUCCAUCUUUUAACACUCCACCACUUCUCUCUCUUUCAGUCUUUUUCCCCAAAAUCAAGAGUGCUAACCAUGUUCUCCUCCUCCACUCCCUCUCUUUUUUAUGCUUUGUAUACAAUCAAAACAGCUGUGAAGGCUCUAUACUGAACCUCUUUAUCAGUGUUCUUCUUGUUUUUCUUCAGUUUUUCAGCAAGAGAGUGAGCUCAAUGGCAGUAAAGAGUGGUAAAGUUGGGAUCUUUUCAAUCUUGUUCUUCUGCUUAUGGCUUUCUUCUUCUUCUCCACCUUCUUUAGCUGAGCUUUUAUCUCCAAAAGGUGUCAACUUUGAAGUACAAGCUCUUAUGGCCAUAAAGGAGAUGCUCAAGGAUCCUCAUGAUGUUCUUAAUAACUGGGAUGGCAACUCUGUUGAUCCUUGCAGCUGGGCUAUGGUCACUUGUUCCAACCAAAACUUUGUCACUGGAUUAGGGAGUCCAAGUCAAAAUUUAUCUGGUACUCUUUCCCCAAGCAUUGGGAACUUGACAAAUCUUGAAACUAUUCUUUUGCAGAGUAACAAUAUAUCAGGAACAAUCCCAAGUGAGAUUGGCAAGCUUCCCAAACUGCACACACUUGAUCUUUCAAACAACAAGUUCAGUGGAGAAAUUCCCAAUGCUUUAGGGAAUUUAAUGAGUCUUGAAUACUUGAGGCUCAACAACAACAGUUUGUCUGGAGCUUUCCCUUUAUCUUUGGCAAACAUCACACAACUUGCUUUUCUGGAUUUGUCCUACAAUAAUUUAAGUGGUCCUAUUCCUCGGUUUCCAGCCAGAACUUUCAGCAUUAUUGGAAAUCCUCUAAUUUGUGCAACUGGUUCAGAGCAUGAAUGCAAUGGAACAAUGCCGAUGCCGAUCUCCUUCAACUUGAAUAAUUCACAAAGUGCUCCACUGGUGGGAAGAACAAAAACUCACAAAGUUGCUCUUGCAUUCGGUUUGAGUCUUGGAUGUGUUUGUGUAGUUGUUACUGGCCUCGGGCUUUUUCUCUGGUGGAGGCAACAUCGAAACCAACAAAUUUUCUUUGAUCUCAACGAUCAACACAAAGAGGAAAUAUGCUUAGGAAACUUAAGAAGGUUUCAAUUCAGAGAGCUUCAGAUUGCGACCGAAAAUUUCAGCAGCAAAAACAUACUCGGAAAAGGCGGCUUUGGAAAUGUCUACAAAGGUCAUCUGCAAGAUGGGACGGUCGUUGCAGUUAAAAGGCUUAAAGAUGGAAAUGCGGCUGGUGGAGAGAUACAAUUUCAGACUGAAGUGGAGAUGAUAAGUUUGGCAGUGCACCGGAACCUCCUCAAGCUCUACGGGUUUUGCAUGACUGCAACCGAGAGGCUUCUCGUUUAUCCAUAUAUGUCAAAUGGAAGCGUUGCAUCCCGACUUAAAGCAAAACCACCAUUGGAUUGGAGUACUCGAAAAAGAAUAGCAUUAGGAGCUGCAAGAGGCUUAUUAUAUCUUCAUGAGCAGUGUGAUCCGAAAAUAAUUCACAGAGACGUAAAGGCAGCCAACAUAUUGCUAGAUGAUUAUUGUGAGGCAAUUGUAGGAGAUUUCGGUCUUGCAAAGCUUUUGGAUCACAGGGACUCACAUGUUACUACAGCAGUUAGAGGCACCGUCGGGCAUAUUGCGCCAGAGUAUCUCUCGACCGGCCAGUCUUCUGAGAAAACCGAUGUUUUCGGCUUUGGCAUUCUCCUUCUUGAGUUGAUUACUGGACAAAGAGCGCUGGAGUUCGGCAAAGCGGCAAACCAGAAAGGGGCCAUGCUUGAUUGGGUGAAAAAACUUCACCAAGAAAAGAAACUGGACAUGAUGGUGGACAAGGACCUAAAGAACGGCUAUGAUCGAAUCGAGCUUGAAGAAACCGUCCAAGUAGCGCUUCUAUGCACACAAUAUCUGCCAGGCCACAGGCCAAAGAUGUCGGAAGUAGUACGAAUGCUUGAAGGCGAUGGUCUCGCCGAGCGUUGGGAGGCAUCACAGAGAGUAGAGUCUCACAAGUUCAAGGCCCCGGAACUCUCAUCAUCAGAGCGGUACUCGGACCUCACUGACGACUCAUCGUUGCUAGUUCAAGCGAUGGAGCUCUCUGGACCAAGAUGAUACACUAUAAAAACAUCGGAACUGAGGAUUUCGAGACAAUGUAUCGUCGCAAUUUCAUUCAAGAACUUUUGUACAGUUGUGUAUAUGAAACCGGUGGUUCGGUUACGUCGAGGUUGAUUCAUGAGCACUUGUAUAAAAUUAUAGCAUUGGCUUAAGCAUGAAUCUAGGAUCUAGAUUCAUGAAAAGAAGAGAAAGUUCCAUAUGAUUCAAUGGUAUGAAUUGUAAUGUAAGUUGUUUGUUCAUCUUUUGAAGGUUUGAGUGUUAUCUAAGUUAAUUGGUUUUGAAAUUAUAAUUUGAAUAUUGAAUCAGAGGGAAACUUGUUUGUA